GAAAAGCUUCACUGUAUGUUUUGACCCAGUUCUGAAAAAUCCAUCUUCCAAGUUGCCAAAAAAUUUGAUCAAUCCAUAUUGAAACCUAUGUCAGUUUGUUCCUGAGUCAAGACUUGUGACUACACCAGAGUUUUCUUUGACAAAGUAAAUGUGUGAAGGAUGGGUCUAUGUGCAGCCUGUGCUGCGAAGGUUGUGCAUAACUUUGACUCGUCCCUAGACCACCAACAUACUCUCUCCUGAGGCUGUUGAGAUGAGAUGUCUUCCCCCAAAACUUUGCAUAUUUUCCUGGAUGUUUUGGAACUUUCUACUGAACAAACUCAGCUAUAUAAAGUAACAUAAUUUGCAAAUAUGUUUAAAAUGAGUUUUUCUAUUGCUAAGAUUUCUUUUUUUUUCUUUUUGUGUAAAGAUAUUUGAAUAUCACAGAGUAGUUGUUUGGUAAUAAUUGUGAAGUACUAUCAAACUAAUGGCUUCCUUCUUACUAGUCCGUUUCAGAACAAGUGAGACAAUAAUAACGGUCCUGCACUGUUGAACAGCCGAGAACAUGAGGCUGCAAAUCUAAAGCCACGGACAAAUGGAUACUGUAGAAGUUAUUCCUAUUCCUCUCUAAGACAAACACACACACACACACACACACACACAAUAACAUGCACACACUCAAGUUUGUAUUUCAACCCAUAUUAGGACUUUGUAUUGACUUCCAUUCAUUUAAGUAACUGCAUAUAAACCUAACCCAGACAUUUUCCCAAACCAAAACCUAAUUCACAUCACACUGCUAACCCCUAACCCUAAACAACAGGUCCUCCAUAUUAGGACUGGGCUUUGGUCCCCAUGAGGCCCAUUAAUCUUCAAAAGGUUAGUAAAUAUGCCAGAAAUGGUCAUAUAUAUGAUAGCUAAACAAGUACACACACAUACACACAAUUCCAUGUAAUACAGCUGUUUUACCUAACAGUAGAAACUGCUCUGCAGCGUCUGCAGCUCCAGCUACAGGGUAGUUUACUUUCAACACCACUUUCAAUGCACUAAAACUGAUUUUUUUUUUCUAAAAGGUUACUUAAUGCAACUGUUGCAGUAAAAAGUUCUCUCCAUCCAAACCACUGCUGUGUUUUUAAGUAUGAUAUCCCAAAGAUAGCUAAUGACAUGCUUUGGUAUUAAACCAAAUGUCACAGUCUCCUUCCUUCCUGGGUGAUGGGAGGGUGCAGCAUCAGAUGGAUUAACUAACCAAGAGUCUAUAAUGAUGCAGAAGAGCCUUAUUUAUUGGUCUAUCUGCUGUGAUCAGGUCAAGGUCUCAGACUAAAAUCACUGAAAGACCCUCCAUUCUGGCUCUACCUUAGUGGAAACAGUAAGUUGGUGGUAAUGUCAGUAUAGUGAAGUAAAGUCUGUUUGAUAAUUGGGUACAUAGCAUUCAAAAUAAAUAGAAAAAUACUUAUGGCCCAUCCCUACUAGCAUAUGUGCCCUUGUAUGGCAAUAAUACAGUCCAUGAAUUCAUAAUAGCAACAACCAAAAAAUAAUCAUUUAGAAAAGUUUGUCCAAACCUGUAGUGAUACACUUAAAGUAACAACAUGUUUGUUUGUUUCUGACUUUAACUAGAGGAUUUUUAAAAAUAGAAGUUAAGUCAAAUGUAUCACAGGUGUGAAAAAACAUUGCAUUAUGGGGUUUUUUCAGACCCACUCAAUAUUGAUCCAGUAACAGGCUGCUAAACAGAGAAUAAAUGGGGAAACCUGAACCUUCUCACAUUUUCACACCAGAAAUAAAAGCCCAAACAAGCCAUUUUCCACUUAAUAACUUUACCUGUUUUCUUUUUUUAGUUUGACAUUUGUAGCGCUGAACUGGAGUUGUUGGGAAUAAAUUUUGGGACUCAGACUGUUGCUUGUAAAGUUGAUUACAGCAACUGCUGUUCUUCCUGUAAAUGACAUCCAAGUACUGCAUACAGGUCGGAAUAUCCAACCAAUAACAGGGAAAUUAUGGUGUUAUGAGGCACUUACACAUUUUAUUGUGACUCCCUUCCAGUCCAGCUUUUCCAACCACAGUCGAACCUCUGAGGUUUAAAAAAGAUUAAAAAAAAAAAAAAGGAUGAUGGGCUUAACUUACCCAGCAGCAUUUUAAAAAAUGCACUUUAAAUAAAAAUUGCCUGUAUGGUCACUUUACUCUCUGGCUUUCCCUAAACGAUAAACGCAUAAAUAUUCAUGCCCUCUCGCUCGGCUGGAUGCAGAGCAUGCCGGCUUCCUCACAAAUGUAAAUCUCAUCCCUGGAUGUGAACCCUUACAUGGACAGAGGGGAGCUGGUAGAACUGCUCUACUUGAAGUUAUCUUUCAGCUUUUCAGUGUCACCUGCAGGCUGUGAUUGUGCAGCAGGAAAAAGGGGAGGAGAGGCGGUGGGUAAUGCCACUAAAGCAGCGUGACAGAAGAGGGUUAAUACCAUCGAGCUGCGCUAAGAUUGCCCAGCCUGGAGUGGCUUUAGGGAUUGCAGGCAGUAUUAGCCAAGAAUAAUUAUUUUUGCUAUGUUGCUCCCUGUGUGAGCACGUUCUCCAUGUGCUGCGCGUUGCUUCGUAACUCCCCCCAACUGUUUCCCGGAGCUUCUGCAGCCUGCAGUUUGCUGUAAAACUUUUCAAGUCCCAUGUGGGCAGAGUUGAAACUCUGUUCAAACAGGAAUGUUCUUCAUACAUUUUGUAGAAGGUCCAGUGAAAAGGGUGGUAUUGCAUAUUUAACACUGUGACUGCAAAAUGAAAUAUCACCGGAAACGUCAAAGGUGGAAGCUUAGCUUAUGGUGGUAAACAGGGUUGGAAGAGUCUCCUUAGCGCUAAUGAAACGUCAUGUAUGAUAACGCAUAUUUCUAUAAAUAUAUAUAUGAAAGGCCUCUAUUUUUGGCAUUUAUCACGUGGACAUAAGUGGUUUGACUAUAAUAAACAUGUAGAUUGGCUCUGACAUGCAUCCUGGCUGUGCUCAUCAAUAAAUCUGUGUUUGCAAGAUUUUAAUGUGAAGCUUCUUUUGCAGUUUGCUUUUCUUUUCUACGCUGCACUGAAAAACCGAACAAAAACAUCCUUUUCACAAGUGGUUUGGAGUCGCCAAUCACUUUAUGGGGUGAAAUAAUAUUGUAUACUUUAGGAUAGCUGUUGCAUUAUUUGUUACAACCUCUAUGUAAUGUUAUUAUGGAAGAUGUAAUGUCCUUCUGUAAAUGUUUAAUGUUGUUUACCUGAAAUAAAAUUCUUCAAGGGUCUUAUGAA